CCGUGAAAAAUUGCGCCAGUGUGAUUUUUGAAAACAUUCACCACCAUCAUUUCUAAAUCUCGUGCUUGCGUAAGAUCCAACUUUCUAGUCUUUUACUUAUAGUUUAAGAGUGUCAUUUAGGAGUUAAAGCUUAAAGAUUUGUGGAUAUUGAGUUUUAUGAUGUCGGAUCCUACCGCACAAGACACAGGAGACUUGCUAGAUUUGUCACCAGACGUGGAGGGUCAAGACGAUGUCUCUUCGACUACACCAUCUUUUGUUGACUCCGCAAAAGACGAAUCUUCGCAAGAAGGUGAAAACGUGCCCGAUGAAAAAGAGGAAACGCCAGCUGUCGAAGAUUUAGUAUCAGCUAAAGUAGAAUCUGAAGAAAAACCCGAAGAACCAACCACGAAGGAGCUAACAAGUUGGCCGGCAAGAUGGAUGAAAGAAAACGGCGUGGAUCAACGAGUUAUUGACCUGAUCUACUGGCGUUGUCUGAAGAAAACAGGAAUAAUGGUUGCCAUUAUUUUGGUUUUUUUAUUCUCUCUGACCGUGUAUACAUUCCUCAGUGUUGUGACCUUCUUCUCCAUGGCGCUUUUAACAGUGUCCCUGCUGUAUAGGGUUGGUAUGACAGUUAUGGGUGCUAUCCAGAAAAGUGGAACUGAGAAUCCCUUCAAAACUGCUCUUGAGGGAGACAUGGAUAUCCCUAAGGAAAAGGCUGUGGAGUUUGUAGAGGCCGGUAUCGAUCACCUCAACUGUUAUUCCAAGGAACUGAGGCGACUCUUCUUAGUGGAGGAUAUUGUUGACUCCAUCAAGUUUGGACUUUUGUUGUGGGUUUUAUCCUAUGUAGGAGCUUGGUUCAGUGCCUUAACUCUCAUUAUUGUUGGUGUCAGUGUUGUUUUCUCUGUACCUCGCUUGUAUGAAGAUCAUCAGGAGAAGGUCGAUGAGUAUGUCAGAUUGGCUCGUACCCAAGUUGGAGCUAUUAUUGAAAAGGCCAAGUCUAAGCUGCCUGCUAAACUGCAAAAGCAGAAAGCUUCAUAAACAGCAAAACUCCAGUCAUGGAAUUCAAAUAAUUCCAAAAUCAGAUCUGAUUUUCCAUUGUAAUUCUCCAAUUGCCUGCCUUUCCCCUUAUAUUGUGUGUGGAUUUUACAUGAGUGUCGGAGAAAGUUGAAAUCUGUUGGAAUUUUGUUUGACACCCUUUACUACGGCAUUGGUAGCAGUCCUUGGUUUUCUUUAUACCGAAAUGGCUUCACUUAAGAGAUCCUGAAGUCGAAGACAGUGUUGAUGUGAAAUCGUCUUUGAGAGCUUCACUGUCUCAACUGCUGUGGUUUAAGCUGCAUGAGGUGAUUCAUUAAAAGCAUGGCCAUUUCCCCCCACAUGUAAUCAGAAUUCUUUGUCUGUGAGUGACACUCAAUUGAAAUGAUUGCAGUAAUGAAGUAGAAAGCAUUUUACAGAAGCUGUUUUUGAAAAUUGAUGUUAUUUCAAGAUUUUCUAGACUGCAAAAUGGUUCAUAUGGAUCAGUCUAGUAUGUCUGAUGAAAAUACAUGUAUUAAUGGGUUCAUUUGGGUUGGUUGAGUGAAAGAAAGUGUGAAAACCUUUUUCUAAGGUUAAAUGGGUGUUUUCAUUUUGUAUUUUGUUCUCUGAAAGAUUGUUCUUGUUUUUGAGAAAUGUGUUGAUAUUGAAAUUUGUGAAAGCUGUAGUUUGAAACAGAGUCCUAAGAUCACAAGUUUGUUGAAUGUUAGCAGUUUUACCUUGUUUAAAAAUGAAAUAAGCAGUUUAGCUCUACACAUUGGGGUAGUGGGCUGAUUGGGGGGGGGGCCAUUAAGACUGAACUAAAGUAAUGAUAUUUAACCUAAAUAUUUAUCUGUGCUUCUCAGAGGGUAGCCUUUGUUGUUCUUUGUCGUUCUUUGUUGUAAUUAUGCAAAUUUUGUAUCUGAUCAUCUUCGCAGUUGAUAUUGGACUUAUCACUCAGCAAAGUUACUUAUUGGCCUCUUUGAAAAUAACCUAAAUGAAGUUGAUCAGAGUGCUAUCGAUUUUUUUUAGGUUUUGUUUUGUUUAAUUGAUGUCAUUUGAAAUAACUAUUGUGAUAUCUGUACGAGACUGAAAUUACACUCGCUGUAUAAAGGUUCAAUCAGCCAAACGUGUAGGAUUAGAGAGGGACAUGAUCUUUGCGUGCUUUUCAGAUAUACCCAGUUGUAUCACUAGAGCUGUAAUUCUUGUGGCCAGCGAUCUCACUUUACUUGAACGCGCGCAAAACAACUCAACGUGGAAGGAGUGAUUACAAAACUAUUGCGCUGGCCAAAACGAUCGCGGCUCGAGGAACGUCAUUCGUAGAAUGAGACCUCGUGUUGUGAAAACCUUGUAACUUACCUUGUAUGCAGUAAUAAAAGAAGUCGAACAUUGCGA